AUGAAGAAAUAUAAACGUCUAAAUAUCCCUCCCGACGUCGAAAAGAAUAGAAAAAGUUUGGAAAAGCUCCGGAAAGAAAAACGCUACUGGUGGUUGUACGUAAAGAGAAGUGAUCAAUAUUUCAACAUUGAACAUUAUGAACCAGAGCUAAUCGUCAAAUAUGGGGAGAGGAAGAGAUUGUUUGAGCAAUUCCCUCAGAUGAAGAGAGAUUUUGCUGCUGGUUUGGCUUUGCGUGAAACUUACGGAUCAUUUUUGUUAGAGUCAGCUGCCUACAGGAUUAGGCUUCUAUUGGUUUACAAGGAUGAUGGUCACUACGAUUUUCCCCUUGAUACACUUUUUAGUAAUGGGAUAAUAGAUAAUCUUGUAGAAUGUUGUCGAUAUGGACAUUGGCACGGUGUCCGCAGCCGAGCCGCAGAAACUUUAGGUCAAGUCAUCUCUGAUGGAACAAUAGCACAGGUUCAAGAAUUAGUUAACCGUGACGCUAUUCCUGUUCUUCUACAAAUGCUUAAUGAUGAGGAAAUAAGGCACUAUGACGAUGAGAAAUGGUUGGAUUACUUUGUAACUAAUGAGGUUCUCCAUGAACACCAUGUUUUGGAUCACCUAGCACAAGUACUCGCCGAUCCUGCAUGGCACAAUUUAUCCAUCCUGAUUGUACAAUAUAAGGCAGCAGAGGCUUUGGGUAAUUUUGCCCGUCGUUCAACAAGGUGGAGGGACCUUGUUAUUGAUACUGCUCCUCUCAUCCCAUUAUUUCAACUUGUACAUAGGCUAUCACGUGAGGCCACUUCUAUUAACACGUCAUCAGCUAUCAGUUCAUCCAGGACAAUAGGAAACUUAUGUUUUGGAAGUCCACCCACAUCAUUUGAUAAGUUGAGGCCAUCAUUACCGGUCCUCCGGUAUCUCAUUGAUCUGGAGCUUCGUAUAGAAGAAGAAGAAGAAGAAGAAGCAAUCCCUGUUCUUAAGCAUGCUUGCUUAAUUAUUGCAUGUCUGGCACGAGGUGGAUUUGAUCCUAUAAAUGCGCUGAUUGAGCAAAAUAUGUGCCCAAGGCUGGUGAUGCUUUUGGCGUAA